AAUCGCCGUAAUCACAUCACAAACGAUUAGGAAAACCUUGCCAUGUUUGUUUGAUUCCUUAACUAAAAGCAUAUAAUUUAUUUAGUUCUAAAUUUCUCUCUCCCUGACCACUUGUUGUGGUAACUGUCAUACGAUCAUCCGACAUAACGAAUUAACCUGUCACAACAUUAGUAAUGUGUCACCUCAUAUUUAUGUUGUGAUAACAGUUAAAGGUUUUUCAAACAGAUAUUCUUCCAAAGUGAUAAAAAUUUAAUAUUUGCAGUAUUUUGAGACUGGCAUUAUCUGCAUACUAAUUACAGUGAUACGAUAUGUGAAAUUGAAGAUGAAUGUAGAAACAUUUACUAUCAUUCCUAAAGAUUAAUUAGUCAAUGAUAAGUGAUAAGAUUUGUAAUGCAUUAAUUGAUGAUGUUAUUGUUCCAUAAUCAGAUCAAAACUCACCCCUCAACAACAAUACACUUAUGAUGUCUUUAAAAGAAAGGCAAAUAAGAGAUUAUGAAUAUUCAACAAAGUUUUAUGUUUAUUGUUAGAGUACUUCUAAUUUUUUUACAUUUAAUUAUAAUUAAUGGAGAAGAAAACAAUUUACCUGAUUGCAGUAAUGAAGAAGGACCACAUGGGUUGAUAUUAGUGAGUACAUUAGAUGGAAAUAUUGCAGCUUUGUCAGCAAAGGGACGCUUAAUAUGGGAACUUGAAACAGGUCCUUUAUUGCUUUCCAAUAUCCAUAAUUUAGAGUUGACUAACAAUGGACAGUGGAUUAGAAUUAUUCCAUCUCUGUCAGGUUCUCUAUAUAAGUUUGAUGGCUCAAAUAUUGAUGCAAUUCCUAUCACUGCAGAUAAUUUGUUAACUUCAUCUUUUAAAUAUUCUGAUGAUAUGGUAAUAGCUGGUGGUAGAGAAGUUCGUAAUUAUGGUGUAAAUAUAAAUUCUGGCAAGAAAGUCUAUGAGUGCUCAUUAAGUGGAUGUAAAAAUAAUACAGAAGUUGAUGAAUCUGAAGACAUUGUCAUUAUUGAAAGAAGUUCUUAUGUUGUUAGAGCUGUAGAGCCUCGGUCUGGUGGUGAAAGAUGGAACUUUAGCAUAGCAAUCCAUAAUCUUAAAGUACCAUAUACUAGUUGUAUAAACAUAGAUCCAGAAGUUCAUGAGUAUAAAAUAACAGCCAUAUUACCAAAUGGUCACAUUAUAGCAAAUUCAGAAAAGACAUUACUGGAACCCUGGGACUUCAAGUUCAAUUCCCCUAUAGUUGGAAUUUGGAAAUGGGAUGGACGUUCACUAUCCCAAGUAGAUUUAUUUGAAUUUCCAAUUGAAAAUAAGCUACCAUUAGUACCACCAUCAAUCUAUGUGGGAAUGUAUAAAAAGCAGUUGUAUAUAUUUGAAUCAGAAAAAAUGAAAGAGACACUGGUUUUAAAAAAGUAUGCUGCCCCAAGUUUUAUUGACAGUCAAGGAAUUACAAGAAUACCAUGGAAACCCAUAUCAGCAUCAAACACUGCUUUGGUCCCUAUUGAUGACACAGAUGGAUCAACAGCACUUUCUGUCUUAUACAGUUCAGAAUACAUUAAUGGGAAUGGUUAUUACUUUUAUGCUACAAAUGACCCUUUAUUGUGUGAUAAUCAAACUUUAUCUGAAAUGGAAAGUAAAGAUUUAAAAGACGGAGUACCUGUAGUGGAUUGGAUGUGGUGGAAAGAAAUAAUUGUGAUAUCCCUGACUGUAAUAUUUAUGAACAUCAUGUACAAUAAUUUUGGUAAUUUCUUUAUUUUACGUGUAUUUCCCCGACAAAGGCAUUCCUCCACAUUCCAACAAAAAACUAACAGUGUUAGCGAAAUACUGCCACUUUAUAGCAAAAAUUCUAGCAGUACUACAGAGACUUCAGACAAUAAUUUUGCUUCCCGAUAUCUAACAGAAUUUGACACAAUUAACUGUUUGGGAAGGGGAGGGUUUGGUGUUGUAUUUCACGUUAUUAAAAAAUUCGAUGAUUGCCAUUAUGCUGUUAAAAGAAUCCUUUUGCCAAGAGAAAAUAAAGCAAGAGAAAGGGUAAUGCGAGAGGUAAAAGCUCUUGCCAAACUAGAUCACAGAAAUAUUGUACGGUAUUACAAUGCAUGGAUUGAAUAUCCUCCUGUUCAAUGGCAAAAAAAGUUAGACGAGAAAUUACUCAGUGAUUGUUCGAACUCAUUGGCAGCAAUGACCAGUACAUCACAAAGUAGACACCACAGAAGUACUUCCGUUAGUAUUGAUGUGAUUAAUUUACAAAGGAGGAGAAUGAAAGAAGAAUCAGAACUAUUUAGUAACAUUCAGUCAAAAGAUGAUUUUAAUAUAUCAAUUUCCAAGACACCAGAUUCAAGUGAUUCUUUCAUAGUUUUUAAAAGUAACACAGUUUCUUCUUCAUCCGAGUGUAGCGAUUUUUCUCAUAAAGAAAAAACGCUUUCCCAUGCCGAUAAAAAGUCAAUUUGGCGUAAACCAAGACAACGGCCGCAGUCUUUGGAUAUAACUAGUCAAGGGAACGUUUUCACGAAUGAUAAAACACCCCCUGCUUUCUUGUAUAUACAAAUGCAGCUUUGCAGAGAGGAGAGUCUAAAAGACUGGCUUAAAAAUAAUAAAAAUCGCGAAAAGACAAUUCUUUUGAACAUUUUUACACAAAUUCUUGAGGCAGUAGAAUACGUUCAUCUCCAAGGUCUUAUUCACCGGGACUUAAAACCCAGCAAUAUAUUUUUUUCUUUAGAGGGUCAAAUUAAGAUAGGCGACUUUGGUCUUGUUACUACAAUGGAUGAUGCGCCCCCUUUUCCAAGUAUUAACUCUUCACCAGCAAUUUUAAGCAAUGGCUACACCCAGGCUGUAGGAACUAAACUUUACAUGAGCCCUGAACAGUAUAAAGGCGAAAAAUAUGACUACAAAGUGGAUAUCUAUUCCUUAGGGGUUAUAUUUUUUGAGUUGCUAAUACCCUUUUUUACAGAAAUGGAAAGGGUAAAAGCUUUAACAAAUUUACGAAAUAAAGUGUUUCCUUUAGAAUUUCCAAAAGAAUACAAACAUGAGAAAGCACUUUUAAAUUUAAUGAUAGCUGAUGACCCCAAGGACAGGCCAACAACAUUUGGAAUCAGAGCUAGACCUCCAUUUUUACAAGAAGAUGCAGUUUUGAAAAGAGAUUUUCAUUUCAAGCUCCCUAAAAUCUAAUAAAUGUCUUAAUUACACCAAAAUAAAUAUUUAAACUUUUUAA